AAUGUAGUUUAAUAUAAUAUAGACAAUAUUCUAUUUUUGUGUAGAAGGCAUCUGUGCAAGAUGUCGAUGGACUCUGGAGCGAUGAGCAAGAAAUUGCAGCGCAGUUUUGUUAAUUACAGCACUGGUAACAUACUAGGUUUGACUAGUGACGCCUGGUCAACUGUUCGCGCGGUUAACAAGGAUGUUGAGGAUAGUUUAAUUAGGUUAUUUACUCGGUUAACGCCAUGUGCGGAAGACAGUGGCGUUAAGGUACAGAAGAGGCCUAUAUAUCCGUUAGACAAUGCCUGGAAGCAUCCUCGUUUAUUUGUUAACGACUUCAGUUGUGCUGAUGAUUAUGCCUCGUUAUAUCGAUUUUUUGAUUUUAAUCGUGUCAGCACCUAUUUAUCAAGCCAGGGUCACACUGUGGAUAAUGUUGACGACAUUAAAUUGGACAUAGACUACCGUUUACGCCAAGCAAUGGAGCUUAUGCUUCAGAUACUGUCAAACGGCCGUGAUUCUAGGAAUGUUGAAACAGAGGUUGAUGCGACAAAGGGUUCGGAGCCUGUUGACAACAGUGAAACUUACAGGUCGAUAUACCAGGCAUACAAUUCACCUUUUGAAAUUAGAUUGAUAACUCCCGAGCGUAAUAAAGAGUUUGUGUCUCCAAAUGCUCCAUCGAUGCUGCUGCUAUUCACUUCGUUGGUUGACGAGGUACAGAAGGUCUUAGUUGCUAUUUCUACGAAUACCCAAUUUGACCUGUCGGGUGUUGAUCGUUGUUGUACUUACGUAGACUUGCUUAUGGGUCGUCGUGGUUGUGCUAUUCAGUACAUUCGUGAGUUAUUGGAGGACUAUAACGAAUGGAGUUACUUAAAAUUAGAUGUUACACUGUCACUAUCUGAUGCAGCUACUUUGGGUGAUAUUUUUGCUACAGUCACUAGUGUACGUCCUGGUAUGUUUGAACGUUUGGGUCGUCCUGUAAGUGACGUUGGUUUUUCAUUUGCUCCUUGUGGUUGUAUGAUACCAUACCAUUUGGGUGUCUUAAGUUUAUUGAGUGAGAUGAAUGUGAUCAAUGUAACAACACCUUUAUCUGGUGGUUCUGCCGGUUCACUUACUAUUGUAACCUCCACCAGCAUGCGUCCUAAUAUCAACGACCUGAUGCGUAUAACGGAAGGCAUUUGUGCUGAUGUGCGUUCCAACGGUUCGUACCAUCGUUUGGAUGGUUUGGUCAAGGACAACGUUGACCACUGGAUGGCUCCUGGUACCUAUAUGGCGGUGAACAACCGCAUUGGUGAGCUACGAGUUGCCAUGUCAGCUCGGCGUACAUUUUUUUACCAUGGUCAGCAGAUAUCACGUUUCAAUGAUAACGUUGACCUGCGUGACGCUUUACGUGCUAGUUGUAACAUUCCUGGUAUAUCCGCUGCUGGUGGCGUGUACUUCCGAGGUAAACGGUGCUAUGACGGUUAUUUUGCUGCGCGUAUUUAUCAGCAUGGCUGCCUUGACACUGCUGCGAAUCGAACGGUUCGCAUUAAUCCAUUCCAAAUGGGACGAUUUGAAAUUAGUUUACUAAGGCUGGACAACAAGUACGUCAGUCCUUUACUCGUAUCAAAGGACACCUAUGUCGUGCACUACCUACGUCUUAAAUGUUUAAUUAAAGCUCUAUGGGAGCGUAAACUGACCUAUGAGUCAAGUGGUAGGGAUGAAGAAUGGUUAAAGGAGGUAUAUCUUAUGUCUGAUGCCUAUAGGUCAAUGACUAGUGGCGAUGACAAUUCAAAGUGUACCUCAUGGUCAAUUUUAUUGAAAAAUUGGGGUUGCGGAUGCUCUAAGCAACAGCCAUCUAUGGAAUCUGGUGAUUUAUCUGGAGAUUCUGAGUCAUUACAGGCUGAUGUUGACCUAUCUAACCUGUUCAUGCUGGUUGUAGCAUCUGAAAUGGCACUUAAAUUAGGCCCAUCAUCUAAAUUCUCUACACGUAAUUGGUCUGGCAACAUCGGUGGUGUUAACUUGAUACAAACAUUUGGUCGUUUAGGUCGUGCAUCUAUUUUCACGAGGUAUUCUAAUAUCUUAAGUACCCCCUAUUGUCUGAUUGACUGGUUGGAGCAUGAGCUAUCGAUGUGCGAGGGUGUUGGUAGUGAGGCUAUGAAUGAAGACACAAUUCUACGUGAGUUGUGCAUUUUACGCCAACUAAGACACUUGGUAUUACCUCCUUUAUGGUUAACUUACUAUUAUACCGAGUUUGGAUACCUAUUGCCCAAUGGUCUCAACACUUUGCGUCGUGUAUCUGUUGCUAUUAAUUCUGCGGAACAGGCGGACAUCCGGUAUGUAUUUGACGUUGGGCGUAGUGACGCUUUCCGUUGGUUGGUUUGUGAGUACAUUUCAUUUGAGAACUGGCUUGAUUUACGUAUACGUCAGCUUGAGGAGAUGAAUGACACCUCGGAUCCUGCUUAUAGGUCAUGGAAUCGUGAUGUUAAACCUGGAUCAAGUUCUGAAUCCACACAAAUGAUACACGAACGCCAGCAUGACUACAUAUCAGGUUUAUAUGAUUUCUAUGACCAGGGUUCUGUUGUGGAUACGUUAAAUGACAAAAACCCCGCAUCUGAUACUCCAUUAUCAGCUUCUGCACAGUUACAGCAGAUGCAGAAUCGUUUAAUUCGCCGUGCCAUAGUGUUGAAUCUAGUGGAUCCACAGUAUUCACACAUUCUAUCUCAUACUCACUUAUGGCGUGGUUCUUGAUAUCCCGUAUGUGGCAUUUUGUACAUCUGGUUAAUAUUAUCGCAUGGUCGC